AUGAACGCCACCGAGAACACCCCAGCUAAGGCGCACCAGAGAGCCGCUGCAUCAGCAGAGUCACCCGAAGUCGUAGACCUCACGGAUUUCUCCGACGCCGAGGAACCGGAGUCCGCUGCCAAGGCGGACGAGGAAGCCGCCCCGAAGCCAGGAGUAGCCGAAGAACCCCACACCUCCGAUGGGGACAUGUACGCAGAUAUGGAGCUAGGCGCCGACGAGGCAGGGGCAGCCGACCACGAGGGUCCCCGAGACAGCCCCCCGCUGUUCUUCCGCCGACCAUCCGGGUUCCGUCGAGAGAACCUGUGGUCGCCGCCGCCGUAUAAACGACGAGCCGCGCCCUGCUCCCCGGAGCCAGGGUCACCGUCAUUCGAAGAGGAGUUCGAAGAUGCCGGUUCUAGCCAGCACAGCUUCCCGGAACCAGAGACGCCAUCAUACGCGCCGAUGUUCGAACAGGAGUUUGAAGAUGCCGGUUAUCACCAGCGCCGCGAUCCCCGAACCGGCCGUGGCAUUUACCGCCCCGAGAGGGGGCUGGAGCGUUACAUACCGAAACCAUACAACGCGUACUACGACGACGGGGAGAGCGAAGAGGAGGAACCCUACGGUCGGCAAUUCAUAGCCGAAACAGAGACCUUUCACCACACGGACAUUCCGAGAAGCCGCGGAACCAAUCGACUACCGCUCCGAACCGGCCGCCCCAGCCAGGGCAAGCCCCCGCACGCCGAAGCGCGACCGCCAACGCCCGCAUCGGAUCCUCCCCGAUGCCCCAAUCCUCCCGAAGAGUCAGCGGCGGCCACGCCCCCGCACGCUGAAGCGCGACCGCCAACGCCCGCAUCGGAUCCUCCCCGAUGCCCCAAUCCUCCAGAAGAGUCAGCGGCGACCACACCAACGCACGCCGAAGCGCCCUACGCGGAGGCAGCGCAGGCCCUCCCACUGAAUGGCCCACCGGGGCUACAGAAGAGGGAAACGCCGCUCCGGUUCGACAAGCGGAGCUGA